AUGAAUAUAAUUCGAGGCAAUGCCGUGACAGAAUGGCUUGCAAAGGUCGCGUCAGCAGCAAAUCCCAACGACAACGGACCCUUUGCGGGUCAGCCGGUGACUUUCGAAGAGCGCCGCGCAGCCCUAAAAUACACGGGAGUGGAUAGCCUGUAUGGAUUUCCAUUACCAACACAAAGCGACUAUGACUCGGCAUGUAAUUCCCUGGAGAGCACCGGCGAAUCUGUGGCAUCGAACAACAGCAUGGAUUCGCAACCCUUGCCGCCGCACCUCGCUGAGAACGCGACGCCCCUGACCCGAUCGAGAUCCGACGACACACUUCGGGGCGACGACGUCGAAGGCUGCGCCACUAAUGAGAAUGAGGAGAAAACUGGCGCUGCAAAGGCCCACUCCAGUCUUGCCGCUCAGGCCGUCGGAACGCAGGCCGGAGUGCGCAGCCGCGGUGCCCGAGCCGAAACGGGAGAAGCU